AGACACACUGCCACACUCAACACAACACACACACACUAUUGUGCUUGUAUAUGUAGCUUACUCCUUUUUAUUUCCUCUUUGAUUCUCUCUCUUCAUUACUCCAAGCUUCGAAUCUCUAUCUGUCUCUUUCUUUAAUGGCUCUGCCUUCUUCAACCAGUCACGAUCUGAAUAAACUCAACUACUCCUCUUCUUCUUCUUCUUCUUCCUCUCUUCUUCUUCUAUGCCAUUCUUGCAUGUCCUCUUCCUAACCUUAAAAAACCUCACUUUUCACUUCUGUAACAACAAUGGCACAUACCCUUUUUCUUUUUCUUACCUCAUUCUCUUUCAUCUUUUCUUCAUUUCCUCAUUUUUCUCUUGCCAACACUGACCCUUCUGAUGUUCAAGCUCUUGAGGUUAUGUACAAUGCAUUGAAUAAUCCAACUGAAUUAAAGGGUUGGAAAAUUGGUGGUGGUGAUCCAUGUGGAGAUUCAUGGAAAGGGAUUACUUGUGAAGGUUCAGCUGUUGUUUCUAUUGAUCUCUCUGGUUUAGGACUCCAUGGAACUCUUGGAUACUUGCUUUCAGACCUUAUGUCACUUAGAAAGCUUGAUUUAAGUGGCAACAAGAUCCAUGAUACAAUUCCCUAUCAGUUACCACCAAAUCUUACAAGCUUAAAUCUUGCGGGAAAUAACUUAACCGGAAAUCUUCCGUAUUCGAUUGCUCUCAUGGUUUCACUCGAUUAUCUGAAUGUGAGCAAUAAUGCACUCUCUAUGUUAAUCAGUGACGUUUUUGCUAAUCAUUCCCGUCUUGAUACCCUGGAUCUAUCAUUUAAUAACUUUUCUGGGGAUCUUCCACCUUCGUUUGGUUCACUGUCAAGUCUCUCUUCUCUUUUCUUGCAGAAGAAUCAGCUGACUGGUUCUCUUAAUGUUCUUGAUGGUUUGCCAUUGGAUAAUUUAAAUGUUGCAAACAAUAAUUUCAGUGGAUGGAUACCUCAUGAGCUUAAAUCUAUCGAUAAUUUCAUAUAUGAUGGAAAUUCUUUCAAUGAUGGCCCUGCACCUCCUUCGCCAGAGUCUACUUUGUCUCCACCUAGUGAUUCUCAUAAACGUAAUCAUCACUCCGGGUCUGGUUCACAUAAUAAAACACAGGGUUCUAAUGAUCAAAACUCCGAUGACGAUAAGGGAACGUCAGCGGGGGCCAUUGUUGGGAUUGUUUUAGGUUCAGUAUUGGUGUUUUCUGUUGUUCUAGUUGCUCUUCUUUUCUGUAUCCGAAAACUAAAAGGGAAGGAAAAGGGCGCAAGAACUUCUAACGGGAGCCUUCCUCCCGGAAUAAUCAAUGUAACUCCUCAGAUGCAAGAGCAAAGGGUGAAAAGUGCUGCUGUUAUUACAGAUCUCAAACCUCGUCCGCCUGCAGAAAAUGUGACAAUGGAUAGGAUGGCUAUAAAAAGUGGAUCAGUAAAGCAGAUGAGGUCUCCUAUCACUUCCACAUCGUAUACAGUUGCUACGCUCCAGAGUGCAACAAAUAGCUUCAGUCAAGAAUUUAUUAUUGGUGAAGGUUCUCUUGGCCGAGUUUAUAGAGCUGAAUUCCCAAAUGGGAAGGUAAUGGCUGUUAAGAAGAUUGACAAUGCAGCACUUUCAUUACAAGAGGAAGACAAUUUUCUGGAAGCUAUUUCGAAUAUGUCACGCUUGCGGCAUCCGAACGUUGUUACACUGGCUGGAUAUUGUGCAGAACAUGGCCAACGACUUCUAAUUUAUGAAUAUAUUGGAAAUGGAAAUCUUCACGAUAUGCUCCAUUUUACUGAAGAUAGCAGUAAAGCUUUACCUUGGAAUGCACGUGUACGCAUAGCUCUUGGCACAGCCCGAGCCUUAGAGUACUUGCACGAAGUUUGCUUGCCAUCUGUUGUACAUAGAAAUUUCAAAUCAGCAAAUAUAUUACUCGACGAGGAGCUCAAUCCUCACCUGUCUGACUGUGGCUUAGCAUCCCUUACACCAAACACCGAGCGACAGGUAUCAUCAACUCAAAUGGUCGGUUCAUUUGGUUAUAGUGCUCCCGAGUUUGCACUAUCAGGAGUAUACACCGUAAAAAGCGAUGUUUACAGCUUUGGAGUGGUUAUGCUGGAACUUUUAACUGGUCGUAAGCCACUUGACAGUUCGAGAGCUAGAGCUGAGCAAUCACUUGUAAGGUGGGCUACACCGCAGCUCCAUGAUAUAGAUGCCUUGUCCAAAAUGGUUGAUCCUUGUUUGAAUGGCAUGUAUCCUGCAAAAUCGUUGUCACGCUUCGCUGAUAUCAUUGCCCUCUGCGUUCAGCCGGAACCGGAAUUUCGACCUCCAAUGUCCGAGGUGGUGCAAGCAUUGGUACGGUUAGUACAAAGAGCAAGCGUGGUUAAAAGGAGACCAAGUGAUGAAUCUGGUUUUGUUCACAAGACACCAGACCAUGAGUCCAUAGACAUGUCAUUUUAAAAGUUUGUCUCUUAAUUAUUUUACUUUUUCUUUUUCUAUUUUUGUUUUUUGCAAUUUUGUGUAAAGUGAAGUUAUUAAUCCGGCUGAAAAAAAAAAUUAUAGGACACAGGAAAUAGAAGUUUGUGAAAAAAUGUACCAAACAUUCAUGAUAUUUGUAAUUAUGUGUUGGAAUUUUUCACACACCAUCAAAAUACUUUGGAAAAUAAUUAAACUGUAUAUUUAACUUGCCA